GUGGGAGCGGAGGAGCCCAAGCAUCACCGAGAGCUGGAGGCAGCAGUCGUCCCUGCUGGGAGUGACAGGGGGCACCCAGGGGAUCCUGCAGGCGCGUCCCCACCGGGGGACAGCCUCCAGCACGGCCACCGAGCCUGCUACCGGCUCCUCCGCAGGCAGCCCCGGGUGAGGAGAGGGGAAGGGGCUGGUGGUCCCAGGGACAGAGGGUUAAACUCAGCCCUCCUGUGGGAGUCAGCCCUGCUAUGGUCGUGGGAGGCUAGGAGCCCAAGUGGAUCCGUUGGGAAGAGGUGAAGGAUGGCUGCCGAAGGAGGGAGAGCCAAGCCCAUCACCCAGUCCAGGAUGGAGAACUUCCGAAAGGUGAGGACGUCAGAGGAGGAGAGCCCGUUGCCCUUCCCCGACCUGCCCCCAGACGUGGUGGAGAUGAAAGUGAAGGAGGGCAGCAAGAUCAGGAACCUGAUGAACUUCGCCAUGGCCCAGAUGGAACUGAAGGGCAGUCGGCAGAUCGUCUUCAGUGGUUGCGGCAGGGCUGUCACUAAGACCAUCACCUGCGUGGAGAUCAUGAAGCGGAAGCUGGGAGGUCUUCACCAGGUCACCAAGGUACGCUACAAAACCGUGCUGGAGGUCUGGGAGAACCAGGACCCCUUGCCCAGUGGCCCAGCGCAGAACCUGACCGUCCACAAGAACGUCCCCUCCAUCUGCAUCCUCCUCUCCCGAGAUCCCCUAGAUCCCAACCAGACAGGCUACCAGCCCCCAGAGCCCCGGCACGGGUUGGGGAUGCAGCUCGGCGAGGCAGGAGAAGACGCAUCCAGCUCUUCCACCAAGGGGCUGAAGCGGCCCCUGCCACCUCCCUGUGAGGAGCUGCUGACCAAGAAGUUGCAGGUACAGGUACCCAACAGCCCGAGGGGCUCGGGGACUACGGACUGCCAGCCAGACUGCCACCACUGACCCCACCACCUCCUGCCCUGACCAGCUGUACGCCGGGUAUAUAGGCAGUACGUGCCCUCUAUAUAGGCAGGAGAUUGUAUGCCGGAGAAACUCCGGGGUUUGGGGGGUUUUUUAGCUGCUUUGCUGUGGAUAAAGGCAGUGCUGCGCUUGCUCUGGGGUCAUGGGUGUGCUGCAGGCUCCCCCCGACAUGCUGCCGCUGCUCCAGGUGACCCCCUUGCUGCUGGUGGGGGUACCACGUCCCCACAUUUGGGGUGAGGGUGAAAGGGUUAAACCUGCCAGCCCUUAGUUAUGGGCCUGAAGCAGAGGGGGGAACAUGCUGGGGGGAACUGCUGAGUCCGCAAUCAGCCACCCAGAGGCAACGCCACCAUUUCUGCAGUGACUCCCACAGAGCCGGAGCACCCGUUGCCAAUCACUGAGGGGUGCCGGGACCGGGGAAGGCGGCCGCACAUCAUCGCUCCCCACGGCGAUGUCUCAGCCAUCAGGAGAGACUGUUUUGCCCCAAGCUCAUUGGAGUAAUAUCUUCAUUAUCAAAACUGCUGCAAUUGCACCCGGCAAGGAGCUGUCAGGUUUAUUAAUGCCAGGCUCGGUGCCAUGAUUCAUCCCGAAUAAAACAUACAAAUAAGCAGAACAGUCCCCCGCUUCUGCGGGACAGCAGAAGAAAAUAAAACAACCCUUUGUCUCACCGCAUCAGAUAUUGAGGUCGUUGCUAUCCUGGAGCUGUACGUAGGGUCUGGAGCCGGGGUGAAGCCCUCAUGUCGGGGGCCAGGGGGUGGUGGGU